UUCAAACAGGAUAUAUUACAAUAGACAUUUUUGUUGUGUAUAGUAGACUUCGGAAAGGAACAUUAUGUCAUACAAGGUUAUUUUGAGUGUUCUUGUUGUGGUUUCUGUGCUCACGGAAUGUUAUACUUCUAGCUUCACAUAACCUAUUUCUAAAGGCACAGUGAAUGGAAAGAAAAUAAAAUUCUGCGAAUACAAACUGACAAAGAUGCUGCCUAAAUCAAAGAUACUAGAUGCAGAGGCUUGUCUAUCAUGUUCAUGUAGUAAAAAAAGUUUGAAAUGCAAGGAUAUCACUAAAUUACCAGGUUGUAAAUUAAUGCCAGGAGGCCAGAUGACUCAGAAUCCAUUUGAUAAAGAAUGGAAAGUUAUGGUAGAUAAGCUAAUUCAAAGUAAAUAUAUUGGUAAAUACCAAAUUCUUCAAGUCAGGACGCAAGUUGUGGCUGGAACAAAUACAUACCUGAAACUUCUCGCGACCGAUAGACUCUGUGAUCUGAAGAUUUAUACAAAUUUUAAAGGAUUAUCCGAAAUAUCUGAUGAUCCCUGUUCCAUUGGGAAAGUGUACUAAUAUCGCCGAAGUAAAACAGUAUAUAUUUUU